AUGGCCAAGACCUUACUCAGCGUUGUUUUCUUCGCACUCGUAGCUCCACUAGUGCUAUCUGAUGCGGCCGCGCUCAGGAGCAAUGUAACCUACAACAGCAACACAACACGUCCCCGUGCCCUGCAAGAAGAUUGCAGCGUCAACGCUGCUCUCCUCAACGACCUGAUCAACCUUGCGUUGCCCACGAUCAAUGAUGCAAUCCAACAGUAUGCGCCUGAUCCCUUGGAGCUUAAUUUAGCUGGCACCAUCAAUGCAGGUUUCUUAGAUAUUCUCGGUUGUAGCUUGUCAACCGACCUUACCUACAACUUUGGAGGCAUUUCAGGGUUGUCGGGAAUUUUUAUUGAGACGCUUGAAGUCAUACCUGGCACUGAAAGCAUCUCGGCAGGUUGCAGUACAACUCUUUGGAGCGGCGCAUUCAAUGUUGUCAUUGCAUCGCUGUCCUCCUUAUCGUUGAAUGAUCUAGGGGCAAACUGGAUUGCUAAUGCUUGCGGACUUGCAAUCUCUCCUGGGGUUGGAGGAAACAUUGUUACAAACAAUCCUUACAUAGGAGGAACGAUAGACCUUGCAGGGGAAGUUUGUGGAGCUGCACUGAACAUUAACUUUGCUCAAGUCAUUGACUCUCUGACAAUUAGUUAUUCUUCCGUGGAGGCAUCUCUUGACAACAUUCCUCCCUUUCUUGGGGACGUUGUCACAACUGCUACUCGGGAACUCAGCAUCCUUCUUCAAAACGAGCUGAUCAACCAGGUAGAACCAGCCAUUCGACCCGUCAUUGAAGAGCAGCUUGUAAGUGCCCAAUUCUUUUCUCCAACGAGGGUGAUUCCCAUCCAAAUGGGGUUUCUUCGGAACGGCAUGAUUCAAGGAAUGCAAAGUCUUGUCAACGAAACUGCCAGUUUCCUGGGAUUUGGAGGCUCUGAUUGA